CUUUCAAAAUGACAUCGGGAAAAUGUCUUCUUUUGGCGCUUCCCCUGUUUCUCGUUUACACAGUUUCAGCAAGCCAGCCUGCCAGGAUAACGUGUUACUUCAGCAACUGGGCGAUUUAUCGAAAGGGCGUCGGCAGUUACGGUGUGGACGAUAUACCUGGUGACUUGUGCACCCACGUCAUUUAUUCGUUCAUCGGUGUGAGCAACGUGACCUGGGAAGUGCUCAUCUUGGAUCCAGACUUGGACGUUGACAAGGGCAAUUUUUUGGCCUUCAACAAUCUCAGAUCUAAAUACCCUCAUUUGAAGACCUCUGUGGCCGUCGGUGGUUGGGGAGAGGGCGGCAAAAAGUACAGUGCCCUGGUCAGCGUGAAAGCAAGACGCGAUAGUUUCAUCAAGAGUGUAGUUGAAUUUAUGCACAAAUACGGUUUCGAUGGUUUCGACCUCGAUUGGGAAUAUCCUGGAGCCAGUGACAGAGGUGGCAGGUUUUCCGACAAGGACAAUUUCUUCUACUUCAUUGAAGAAAUAAGACGCGCUUUCGACAGGGAAAAGAAAGGAUGGGAACUGACAAUCGCAGUGCCAAUGGCGAAAUUCCGUUUGGACGAAGGAUAUCACGUACCAGAAAUAUGCCAAAAUAUGGAUGCCGUACACGUAAUGGCUUACGAUCUUCGAGGUAACUGGGCUGGAUUCGCCGAUGUGCAUAGUCCACUUUAUCGUCGUCCCCACGACCAAUGGGCAUACGAAAAAUUGAACGUGCACGAUGGUCUUCUACUUUGGGAAGAGAAAGGUUGUCCUGCUAAAAAAUUGAUCGUUGGAAUUCCAUUGUAUGGACGUACAUUUACUCUCAGUCAGAGUAACACCAAUUACGAGCCUGGUACCUAUAUCAAUAAAGAGGCUGGUGGUGGGGAACCUGGAGAAUAUACUCAAGCUAAAGGAUUUCUUGCUUAUUACGAAAUCUGUACCAGAUUGCAAGCACCAGGUAGUAACUGGACUCAAAAAUUCGACAAUAUUGGCAAAGUUCCAUAUAUGUAUCAAGGAACGCAAUGGGUCGGUUAUGAAAACGUAGAAAGUGUGAAAUAUAAGAUCGAUUUUAUCAAGGAAUCUCGGUACGCGGGAGCUAUGGUUUGGGCUAUUGAUAUGGACGAUUUUCAAGGACUUUGUGGUGACCGCAAUCCUUUAAUGAAUGUCAUUCAUGAAGGAUUAGAAGGAUAUAACGUGCCAGAAAAAGAUUUUCAUACUACCCCUACGCCUGAAUGGGCAAGACCACCAAGCACUACAGAUAACGUUCAAAUUAUUCAAUCUACUCGGCCAUCUUACAAACCUACAGAGCCGUCUACUCAAAAACCAGAAAUAAUUUUAUCUACUUCUACAGAAGAAGAUAAAUCUGAAUCUAUUCCACCGAUAGACAAUGGAGAAAUAGAUAAAAUCGAUUGUGAAAAUAACGAUAAAUUCAUUCCGUCUAAAAAUUGCAACUCUUAUUAUGAAUGUGUUCACGGAAGGGCAGUAAAAUUCACUUGUCCAAACAAAUUGAUUUGGAAUACGAAGAAUAAUGUAUGUGAUUGGCCACAAAAUGCUGAUCGAGAAGAAUGCAAAACUCAAUAAAAUUUUUGUAAAAUCUUAUAAGAAUUUCAUCGAUUCUUAUAAAAAAAAAAAAGGAUUGAAAAAUUUCAUUGCGAUAUAUUUAUGAGAUAAUGAUCGUUACAUAUCAAUGAAUAAACUGUGAUUAAUUAAUUACUUUAUUCAUUCAUUUACUAUAAUCUUAUAUUUUAAGAUUUAAAGAUUAAAAAUAAGACUUUAAUAAUGAAAAUUCAAUAAACGUUAUAUUAUUCAUAGAAAUUGUUUAUA